CGGGCUGCAUACAAUAGCCAGGCUGCGACGGGGGCCGAAGGUACGGCCGCGCGGUGGGCUCCCCGCACCGCUGCCCGACCCCAUCCCGCCCCGCCCGUAGGCUGCACGGGGUCUCCUCAGCCAUAGCCAGCUCCCCGCAGUCGCAUCUCUCCACCUAGAGCCCGCGCUCUCCCCAGUCUCCCCCUCAGCGAGUGCACCCCGCCCCCUCUCCAUCCCGGCGCGCCCCCCCCGCUCCCCGCGGCCCGCAGCGGCGUGAGGGACCCGGAGAACGCGGGGCGGCCGCCCGCGCACCCCGCCGCAUUCUCCCCGGGCUCGGCGGCCGCCGCCAGGAGGAGGAGGAGGAGCAGAGCAAGUGCAGAAGUAGCUGCUGCUGCUGCUGCUGGUGACAAUGUCAAAUAACGGCCUAGACAUCCAGGACAAACCCCCAGCCCCUCCCAUGAGAAACACCAGCACAAUGAUCGGAGCAGGCAGCAAAGACCCUGGGACCCUUAACCACGGCUCCAAACCUCUGCCCCCGAACCCGGAGGAGAAGAAAAAGAAGGACCGAUUUUACCGAUCCAUCUUACCUGGAGACAAAACAAAUAAAAAGAAGGAGAAGGAGCGGCCAGAGAUUUCCCUUCCUUCAGAUUUUGAGCAUACAAUUCAUGUUGGCUUUGAUGCUGUCACAGGGGAGUUCACGGGGAUGCCAGAACAGUGGGCCCGCUUGCUUCAAACAUCAAAUAUCACAAAGUCAGAGCAGAAGAAAAACCCACAGGCUGUUCUCGAUGUGUUGGAAUUCUAUAACUCUAAGAAGACUUCCAAUAGUCAGAAGUACAUGAGUUUUACAGACAAGUCAGCUGAAGAUUAUAAUUCCUCGAACACUUUGAAUGUGAAGACUGUGUCUGAGACCCCUGCGGUGCCGCCGGUGUCGGAAGAUGAAGAUGAUGAUGAUGAUGCUACCCCACCUCCAGUGAUCGCUCCUCGCCCAGAACACACAAAAUCUGUAUAUACACGAUCCGUGAUCGAACCACUUCCUGUUACUCCAACUCGGGAUGUGGCUACGUCCCCCAUUUCACCUACUGAGAAUAACACUGCUCCGCCAGAUGCUUUGACCCGGAAUACUGAGAAGCAGAAGAAGAAGCCUAAAAUGUCCGACGAGGAGAUCUUGGAGAAACUACGGAGCAUAGUGAGUGUGGGCGAUCCUAAGAAGAAGUACACGCGGUUUGAGAAGAUUGGACAAGGUGCUUCGGGCACGGUGUACACUGCGAUGGAUGUAGCCACAGGACAGGAGGUGGCCAUCAAACAGAUGAAUCUUCAGCAGCAGCCGAAGAAAGAGCUGAUUAUCAAUGAGAUCCUGGUCAUGAGGGAAAACAAAAACCCAAAUAUUGUGAACUACCUGGACAGUUACCUUGUGGGCGAUGAGCUGUGGGUUGUCAUGGAGUACCUGGCUGGAGGCUCUUUGACGGAUGUGGUGACAGAAACCUGUAUGGAUGAAGGCCAGAUAGCAGCUGUGUGCCGGGAGUGUCUACAAGCUUUGGAGUUCCUACAUUCGAACCAGGUCAUUCACAGAGACAUCAAGAGUGACAAUAUUCUGCUGGGGAUGGACGGCUCCGUCAAGUUAACUGACUUUGGAUUCUGUGCACAGAUAACUCCAGAGCAGAGCAAGAGGAGCACCAUGGUGGGAACCCCUUACUGGAUGGCACCUGAAGUUGUGACACGCAAGGCCUAUGGACCCAAGGUUGACAUCUGGUCCCUAGGUAUCAUGGCAAUUGAAAUGAUUGAGGGGGAGCCCCCGUACCUCAACGAAAACCCUUUGAGAGCCUUGUACCUCAUUGCCACCAAUGGCACCCCAGAGCUUCAGAACCCGGAGAAGCUGUCCGCUAUUUUCCGGGACUUUCUGAACCGCUGUCUUGAGAUGGAUGUGGAGAAGAGAGGUUCGGCUAAAGAGCUGCUGCAGCACCAGUUUCUGAAGAUUGCCAAGCCCCUCUCCAGCCUCACCCCACUGAUUGCUGCAGCCAAGGAGGCCACCAAGAACAGCCACUGAACCACGUCCACCCCAGCGUCAUCGUGCCAAGCCUUCUAGGGAAGAAACACUCGUUUCAGGAACUCUGACCCUCGUGUCCUCCCCCUCCCUCCCCCGUUGCCUCGCUUCUCCCAUUUCCUGAUCUAGUGCUCUCAUGACUUUGACCUUGGACACCGUGUGUGUAGCACUGAAGAGAACUGCAGCUGGGUGACCGGCUAAUCCAGCAAUGGCCAUUUCUAAACAGGACUUCCCUUCCAAUUUAUGGGCGUGCGGGAGGUGACUUAUGAGCAGGGGUUUACCUAAUAAACCUGUUUCUACGAAACAGAAAUUUCAACCAUCCCAUUCCUCGCCCCUCACAAUCAGUUCUUGGCUGUAUAAAUUUAUGGUUUGAUAGCGUUAUCAAUUUGCGAUCAGUCGAAAUUUCUUUAGCACCUUCUUUCUGUGACCAAAUUGCCCAAACACCUCGUUGUAUUGGAAAGCCAUAACAGCUUUGGAAAUGCCGUGGGGCCUGAUGUUCUGCCAGGGACGUGAACCGUGACAUUGGUUCAGCCGACCCCGACAUGGGAGAGCUACCGUGUUUUUCUUUGUGUGUGCUUCUAGCAGCUGUUCGGGAGAACCUUGGCGCAAUAGUGUCCCCUGUGCUAUUUCUAGUAAAGUGGUCUUAGCUCUGUAGCAGCUUUUGAUUCCCUGCAUCCCCUAGGCCGCUGCCUGCAUUCUGUUAUGAAUCUUAUUUAUAGCAUCGAGAGAUUUCCUGGAGCACAAGUCGAGCGAGAGCAUCGUGAGAAGGCAGAGGGACAGCACAGCUACUUUUAGGGCAUGGCUGGGCUUCAGCACCUGUCCAGCUAGACCCGUGCGCUAUUUCAAGGUCUCAGCCUCCGUUUCUACCUGGGAUAGGGAGCUGAAAGACGAAACUCAGAUCUUUUGGUAGCUUCACUAUUUCGGUCGAAAGAAAAGGUCUCUAAAUCUGAGAUGUUGUGCUCUUGGCGAUAAAGGGACCCUCUUUUUAAAUGCAUGACCAAGCUCUCUGCAAACGGACAUGCUUACUCUUGGGUGUUGGGGAUAUUUGCUACCUCCCGCUUCCUUUGUGGAUUUGGUUCUCCCACUGUGGUAGGAUGCUUGGCCAGCAUUGUGGCUUGUCGUGUCAGCCCUGCUGACGACUUUGUCCUGCUCAGAGGUGCGCCUGCCUCAGCAGCACACGUUUCUGUUUCCUUCAAUAAAAGGAAAUGA